AUGGGCGAAUUCAGCGAUCAAGUUCUGUCGCUCUUCGCUCGAGCUGCGUCUGAGCAGGGAGGUGUGAUUUCAGGAGACAAUCCAACUUACUACAACAAGGACAACCCGAUUCGUUUAUGGAUCAUCCAAGUCUUCAUCAUCAUCACCGUCACUCAUAUCCUCUCACUGGGUCUCUCGCGCCUCCGCCAGCCUCGGGUCAUAGCAGAAGUCAUCGGUGGUAUCCUUCUAGGUCCCACCGUCGUGGGCCGCAUCCCACACUUCAGGGAGACAAUCUUCCCCUUGGAGAGCAUCCCCAUCCUCACCAUAACCAGUAACAUCGGUCUCGUCCUCUUCCUCUUCCUUGUCGCCCUCGAAAUCGACACCGGCCUGCUGAAGCGGAACAUGUUCGCCUCCGCAAGCGUUUCUGCGGUGGGCCUCAUCUUCCCCUUAGGUCUUGGCGCCGCUCUGGGUGUCGGGGUCUAUAGGGAAUUUAUCGACGACACAGUCAACUUUGGCCACUUUCUCCUCUUUGUCGCCGUCGCCAUCGGUAUCACCGCCUUCCCCGUGCUCUGCCGGAUUCUGACCGAGCUCAAGCUCCUCGACACCGAGGUCGGCCUUGUCGUGCUCUCGGCGGGCAUUGGGAAUGAUGUCAUCGGAUGGGUUUUAUUGGCCCUGACAGUCGCCCUUGUCAAUGCCUCUUCUGGACUCACGGCACUUUGGGUCCUUCUGGCGAGCGCUGGUUACACCAUAGCUCUCCUCUAUCCUGGGCGCUGGGCAUAUCGCUGGCUGGCUCGACGUACAGGCAGUUUAGAGCAGGGCAGCCCAACACUGUUCUUGAUGACGGUCACUAUCCUUGUCGUGUUGGCCUCGGCCUUCUUCACUGACAUUAUCGGAGUUCACGCCAUUUUUGGCGGAUUUCUGGCUGGGUUGAUCAUUCCCCAUGAUAAUGGCCUCGCCAUCUCAGUCGUGGAGAAAUUGGAAGACCUCAUCUCCAUCCUGUUUUUGCCAAUCUACUUCAUGCUCUCUGGCCUAAAAACCAACUUGGGCUUGCUCAACACUGGUACUGACUGGGGUUACAUUGUCCUCAUCUGCGCUGUCGCCUUUUCUUCGAAAUUCUUUGCCUGCGGAGCAGCGGCGUUCUUCAGUGGCUUUAACUGGAGAGAAGCUGGCGCCAUUGGCUCUCUCAUGUCCUGCAAGGGGUACCUCAUCGUGCUCGACAUUGGUCUGCAAACCAAGAUCCUCAACGAGCGCGCAUUCUCGAUGUUUGUAGUCCACGCCCUUGUCCUCACGUUCAUGACGACGCCCCUCGUCAUCGCGUUCUAUCCUCCCAAUUACCGUAUCCAUCACAGAGGAGGAGACGAAAAGCCUGCUGGAGACGAAGCCGCUUUGCCACCAAGGCCACCCUCGAAUGGCGACCACAAGACCAAGUUUUCGCUCGUCUUGGACAAGAUCGAAGCUCUUCCCGCUGCUAUGACCUUGUUGCAGCUCUUGCACAGUCCUUCAGUGGUCCUGCCUUUUUCGCACCUCUCCAGCGUCAAUGGCAAGGCUUUGGAAGCUGGCUUAGACGAUGAGGACCAUACAGAGGCGCCUCUUCGAUCUGCAAUUACUAUUGAAGCCCUCCGCCUCAUGGAGCUCACUGCCAGGACGUCCGCUGUCCUCAGAUCCCAGGAAGCCGAGUCCCUCAUUUACAACGACCCUGUCGUUUCGGUGUACAAGACCUUCGGCCAUCUUAACCAACUCAACGUAUCCGCGAGCCUCUCCGUCGUCAACUUCGAGGAGUUCCCCGAGGCCGUCGCCAAGCACGUGAAGGACACCGGAUCUGAGAUGGUCAUCAUUCCUUGGCCGAGAGGCGUCACCUCCGUGCUCGAGGAGGCUGUUCAGGGACAGCAGGUCGGGACACGCAACCCCUUCGACGGCAUCUUCCAUAAGACGACGACGGAGGACCAGACGAGCUCCGUCGUAUACUCCGAGUUCAUCCGUAGCGUGUUUUCGCAUUCGCCCAGCGACACUGCGCUAUUUGUGGACCGUGGGCUGACGACGGCCCCAACGGGCAACGCAAAGCAGCACCUCUUCCUGCCAUUCUUUGGCGGCCCGGAUGACCGCCUGGCACUGACGUUCUUGAUGCAGCUGUGCGAGAAUUAUGCUGUUAGCGCCACUGUUGUCAGGAUGGCGACGAAGGACGAUGACAAUGCCUCGAAGAUGACCGAUGAUGCCAAAUUGUCCACUGCCCUUUCGCCCACGUUCCAUAACACAAUCGCUGCUGCUGACACCUUCUAUGGUCAACACUACACUCAAACCCGUCUCGAGUCCACGGCCGACAACCUCCUCUGGAGCAAGUACACCACCCCAAGCACCGUGCACCCGUCGAAUGUCGCCUCCGCUCUCACGCGCAUCUCCUUCGUCCACGAAUCCGCCACCAAGCCCCUCCACCUCGUCGCCGAGCUCGCGAAACAGGAGGCAGCUAUCAGCCUCGCACUUUCUGGAAAGACCCUCAUCGUCCUCGCUGGCAGAUCGCGCCGUAUGGCCGUCGAGAACCUCGGUGGCGAGCUCAAGACCCUCAUCGCGCAGACAGGGUCGUCGAUCAGCUCCUCGGUGCCAAAGACCCUCGGUAACAUCGGCGCAGGCCUUGUCGCCGCUGGUGUCAACGCGAGCUUGCUCAUCCUCCAGGCCGAAUCUUGCACUGCUGCGUCGUGA